ACUGCUACAUUGGGCCCCUUAACAUUACAGCAUCACAAUGAGUUUCUCUACCCGAAGUGUCUCUCAAUCCUCCCGCUAUGGUGUUCUGGCAUCACCCAUGGUGAAUCGGGCCCUAAGUGUGGCAGGGGGUGCCCAGACUGUCCGGAUGUCCUCUGCUAAACUGACCAGCUCUGCGUUUGCCGGACCCUCUGCCCUUGAUGUUAGCUCCUUUGGCAACAAUGGCAAGGAGACAAUGCAGAACCUGAACGAUCGUCUGGCCAGCUACCUGGAACGGGUCCGUUCCUUGGAGCAAGCCAACCAUGAGCUGGAGCUGAAGAUCAGGGAGUACUGUGAGAAGAAAGCUGCCAUUGGCUCCCCUGAUGUUAGCGGUUACUAUAACAUCAUCAACUUACUGCGCUCCCAGAUCAAUGAUGCAAGCAUUGACAAUGCCAGGCUGGUCCUCCAGAUCGACAAUGCCAAGCUGGCAGCUGAUGACUUCAAAAUCAAGUAUGAGUCAGAGCUGGCCAUUAGGACUGGAGUCGAAAGCGACAUUAUCGGACUGCGCAGAGUCCUCGAUGAGCUGACCCUCAAUAAGACAGACCUGGAGUUGGAGAUUGAAAGUCUGAAGGAAGAGCUGAUUUACCUAAAGAAAAAUCAUGAAGAGGAACUUGCUGUUGCUAGGGCCAGUGCCAGAGGCCAAGUUGAUGUACAGGUUGAUUCUGCUCCUCCUGUUGACCUGUCACAGAUCAUGUCUGAUGUGAGGGCUCAGUAUGAAGGCAUGAUGGAGAAGAACCGCCAGGAGGUGGAAGCCUGGUACAGAGGACAGAGCGAAAAUCUCAACAAAGAAGUUGCCACCAACACAGCUGCUCUCCAGACAUCUAAGUCGCAGAUUACAGACCUGAAGCGCACAAUACAGAGCCUGGAGAUUGAACUUCAGUCACUCUUGAGCAUGAAAGGAGCACUGGAAGGCACUUUGGCAGAAACCGAGGCCCGAUAUGGAGCUGAGCUCAACCACCUUCAGGCCAUGAUCACGCAAAUAGAAUUAGACCUUCAAAACUUACGGUCAGAUGCCGAGCGCCAGUCUUUGGAGUAUAAGUUGUUGCUCGAUGCCAAGACAAGGCUGGAAAUGGAAAUUUCCACCUACAGACGCCUGCUAGAAGGAGAAGACACCAGAUUUUCCCAGACUGAAACACAGAAAGCUGUUACCAUCGUCAGUAAGGAACAAAGCAAGAGCUCCAUCAAAAAGGUGAAGACGGUGAUCGAAGAAGUAGUCGACGGGAAAGUGGUCUCUUCUAGGGUCGAGGAAGUGACUGAGAAAUCCUAAAAAGAAUCUUAAGAAUUAAGAGCCUGUACCUGAGAAAGGGCAGCAGAAGAGUUGAAAUAACAUAGUCUUGAAGGCAACCAAGAAGCUUCAUUUUAAAAUGUAGCCUAUACGUAAAUGUUUAAUAUGACAGAGAAGAUAUGAAAGCAGAAGAGAAAUUAGCAAAAUAAAUGUCAUGUAAUGCAAACCUAGGCUGUUUGUGUUUAACUCUUCCUCAGGGACAAUGCAUCCAAAUAAAGAAUUCUAAGUUAAAA